UCCCAUGAACACAACUUGGUUGAAUGGCACCGGGCUUUUAUGGAUAGUGGCCGUACAUGUCUGGAGUUUGAGUGUCUUGACAGAAGUCUUUUUGACUUCAUGCAAGAAAGACAUUUCAAGCCGCUGAGUUUAAGGGCAAUUCGACCAAUCGUGGUGCAGAUGGCAGUAGCUCUGAAACAUCUCAAGUCUGUUGGAAUUAUACACGCAGACCUCAAAUUACAGAAUGUGAUGUUAGUCAAUCACCAACAAGAGCCGUACCGAAUUAAAGUCAUUGACUUCGGCCUGGCUUGUGAGACCUCAGCUGCGACAGUGGGCUCUUACAUUCAGACCCGUCCAUUUCGGGCCCCAGAGAUUAUUCUAGGCCUUCCAUUUACAGAGGCCAUAGACGUUUGGUCUCUGGGAAACAUUGCUGCCUAUCUGUACCUCGGUUCCCUGCUGUACCCUGGCUACAGUGAAUAUGAUAUGAUGAACUACAUAGUAGAAACCCAAGGGAACCCACCAGACAAAAUGCUAAACUCUGGGCAAAAGACCUCCCAAUUUUUCUACAAAGGGUUCAGUUCCACCACCAGCAACUGGAAACUCAAGGCGCCUGAACAAGUUUUCAGAGAGUCAGGGAUUUGGCUCACAGAGAGAAGAGGAAGAAAGUUUACCUCUCUGAAUGACCUCUUACACUUCCAGCAACUCGGGGCUCAGAUGUUUGCAGAUAAAGCUGCAGAAAUGUAUGAUCUCCUGAUGUUUGUUGAAAUGGUGAAAGAAAUGCUUCAGUUUGAUCCUGAAAGACGGAUUACACCCCAACAGGUGCUGGACCAUCCUUUCACCAAAACGAACCACUUAGGGUACUUGUGCAACCUGAGCUCCUAUGUAAAGUCCUGCUAUCAGCACAUGGACAUCUGUAAUAAAAAAAGCCCAGUGUCUUCACAUAGCAGGACAGGAGUGAGCAGGUCUCUGCAGCAGCCCGUCUCUGAGACCAGACAACCUGCCCAACAGAGGCUUCCUCCCCCUGCAGCUGAGAGCAAAUUCCUAGUGGGAUCCCCUUCCUCCGGGACCACCAGGCCAUCACAACAAAACUGUCCUCCCCCUUCAAAUCAGAAGAGCAGACCCAAGUGCUUCGGGCCCAGUCACUCUGAAACUGCCCAGACAGUUUCAGUAAAAUCAAACUUUAAAAGAAAGCACUCUGAUGAGGAUAUAAAGGACACCAUUCAGCCAGUGAAAUGGAGGAGGAUUGACCGGAAAGAUGUGGGUGAACAAAAACCCACCUCUUCCAAAUUCAAGAGGUCAGACCACGACCAAAAGGAACUCCCGUAUUCUCCGGGGCCAUCCUGCUCAACCAACAGGGCACAGACUUCCAACUCAGGGAUUAAGAGGAACCUCGAUCAUUGGAAAACUGCUUUCAACAGUCCACAUAAGAGGGUCAGAAAACACUAUGAAGGCAGUUGGAGCGGCUUUUCCCGUCAGACCUGUCAGACAGAUCCAAAAUGCAGUCUGGCUGAGGACCAACGCUGCAGCGAAGCAAAAUGAGGAGCAGCAGUGUUUCCCCACAAAUCAAGAGCUUCAUGACAAUUAAAUAGAAGUGGAUGAUAUGCUCCAAAAGUCAUCUUGCUCUUAAAAUGUUCAGUCAGCAUUUCAAUCAUCCCUUAGUCUUCCUGCUGUAGUCUCAGGCUGCUGGGGUGCCUCCCAUGAUGCACUAAUCCCAAGAUGCUGCUGCACUACUGCAUGUCAUUAA